CCAUUAGCCAAUUGCACAUUCCGUACAAUUACCAAAUUAUCCUUUAUGGGUUCCCUAUUCUCUUCCCGCCUUUUGGUCUCUUGUUCACCCCUUCCAGCACCGAAUCGAAACGAAGAGCAAAAACACAAGUCGCCGAUUAACUGAUGUGCGGAAGAGCUCGGUGUUCUCUCAGGCCCGAUGACAUUCCUCGGGCUUGUCACCUCAACGGUCGCCGCGUCCGGCAUGUUGACAUGAACCGGUAUCGGCCGUCGUAUAAUGUGUCGCCGGGGUUUAGUGUACCAGUGGUAAGGAGAGAAGAUGAGGCCAACGACGAAGGCGCUGUUCUUCAUUGCAUGAAAUGGGGUCUUGUUCCCAGCUUCACUAAGAAAACUGAAAAGCCUGACCAUUACAGGAUGUUUAAUGCUCGGUCUGAGACAAUAAAGGAGAAGGCUUCAUUUCGCCGCCUUAUCCCAAAGAAUAGGUGCCUGGUUGCAGUUGAGGGAUUUUAUGAGUGGAAAAAGGAUGGGUCAAAAAAGCAACCUUAUUACAUACAUUUUAAGGAUGCCCGGCCCCUGGUGUUUGCUGCCCUUUUUGACUCUUGGAAGAAUCAUGAAGGUGAGGUUAUUUAUACAUUUACUAUAUUGACAACUUCGGCGUCCUCAUCUUUAGAAUGGCUCCAUGGUUAGUUUUCUUUUAUUGACUGUUGGUAGAAUUCCUUUGUUCUUGAUGUACAUUAUA